UAUGGGUUCCCUACCAGUGAGCCAUUCCGUGGAUGGCAAUCCUCUGGACAUGGUGACCUACAGAUUUUUAAUAGAGUAACACUGAAUUUAACGUAAUAAAGAUUACCAGAGAAAACAAUUUAGUUCAGCAAAAGUAACCAUGUUAACCUAGUCUGAUGAUCUAUGCAGUGUCUCACACCCGGAGAGACAAAAGUUUCUAUUCUCCUGCAGAGCCAAGGCUGGUGAUUGAUCAAAUAGAGAGUCUCUGAUUGAUUUUUAAAGCCUUUCUCGAGCUGAUCUCCGCCUAACUUUCCAAACUUCUCGCACUUUGAAGCCCUCCCUUGCAGGUGCUCGGUGAUCCAGGCACCCUGGCCUCCGGCUGUUUCUCAUUUCCGGGCUCGGACAUUUACCAGGCUAUCUGCAGGCCCCGAAUGCUCCGCGUUCUCAUCUCUGCCUCCUCCCAACUUCCGCCGCAGGAAGCCUUCCCAGAGUCCUCCUCAUUCUAGCGCCUUCCCUUACAGUUUAUUCUGCCUGCGUAUUGAUGGUGCAUAUGAUCUGCCUCGUUGUCUCCCCCAUUAGAUUGUGAACUUCUUAAGGACCUGGACAGUCUUUUGUGUUGUUGAUUUGGUCAUGCGGAGCUUAGGACUUGGGACAUAAUAGGUGUUUCUCGUUGCCUGUUAUGAUUCUAAUUUCACCAUGUCACUUUCAGCCUUGGUCCCGCCCCCUUUCCCCACUGCAGGAUCUUUGCACUGGAUCUUCUAGCUAGGAUUUCGCUUCCUCUCCUAGAACCACCCUCCUCUCUCACGUAAAGAAGACGCAAGCAGCCCUGCCUCCGGCAGGGUGAACAGCUGACGUCUCGUGCAUAUGCAUAUCAGGUGGUUGGCGAAGUCCAGGUCUGUGUCAGCAGUGCAGCCUCUGGUCCUGGUAGGUCGGGCUGACUCCCUCUCCCUCACCCGUCCGCAGCUUUCCGGUGCUGGGGCAGUGCACGGAGCUUGUGGGGACACUCCUGAGGCCUGCGAUGAGCUCCCUGGACCUAGCCCGGGUGGGCGCUUGUGUCCUCAAGAGCGUAGCCACAGGGGAGGUCGUGGAGCUGAGGAGCCUGUGGCAGGAGCGCACCUGCGUGGUCCUGGGUCUGCGGCGCUUCGGCUGCAUGGUGUGUCGCUGGAUUGCCCAGGAUCUCAGCAGCAUCAAGGACCUCCUGGAUCAGCACGAGGUGCGCCUGGUGGGCAUCGCCCCGGAGACCCUGGGCCUGCAGGAAUUUCAGGAGGGGAGCUACUUUAAAGGAGAGCUUUAUCUCGAUGAAAGUAAGCAGAGUUACAAGGAACUGGGAUUUAAGAGGUACAACAGCCUGAGCAUUAUCCCUGCUGCUAUAGGGAAGCCAGUCCGAGAUGUUGCUGCCAAGGCAAAGGCCAUUGGCAUCCACGGGAACUUGUCUGGUGACCUGCUGCAAAGUGGAGGGAUGUUAAUUGUCAGCAAAGGCGGUGACAAGGUGCUGCUGCAUUUCAUCCAGAGCUCACCCGGGGAUUACGUUCCCCUGGAAACCAUCCUCCAGACGUUGGGCAUCUCUGCAGACGCGCGCUCCAGCGAGAAACCUCAGUGCACUGAAGACACGUGCACGAGGUGACGGGCACCAGACCCUGAAACAAUCCCCCUGCCAGACUCCUGUACGCUGUCACCUCCCCCUGAGUUUCUUCUCAGGAGGGGCUCAGACCGAAGAGCCGAUUCACAGGAGGCAGGGGUAGAGCCAAGAUCUGCCUGUGAGCCAUCCAUGACCCAUGAAUGCUAUUAAUUAAAAUUGGGUUAUCAAAUGA